AUGCGCGUUCCGGCGUGUCCCAGCGUCCCCGAGCCGUCCCUCGCGGCGCCUCCGCUGCUGCGGCGCAGCCAGACCGAAGGAACGCACGAGACGGAGCCGCUCGAUUACUCCAUCACCCUUAAUGAUGAUUUCGCAGCGUUGCAUCUUGACGGGGCCAUGACACACGGUGCAGCGCCGCCGCAUCCAGCGCGCCAGGGCUCGAAUGAGGCGCUGCAGGACUCUGGGAGAGCAAGCAGAGCAGCAUCGCAAGGGCCGUUCAAGAACCCUGGGAGACGCAGGACACUGAGAGGCGAUUCCUGCGGAAGCUUGUCGGAAGGGUGCAUUCCCAUUGUCCCGGACCCUGUGGGAAGUCUGGUCACUGUUAGACCCAAGGGGAGUGCGCCCCACUUUGUGCCUGCCUCUGAGCAUCGGCUCUUCUCCGGCCUCGACAAUGGCCCGCGUCGCUUCCACCGCUCCUCCAUGUCCUUCUCCCAACUGCAGGACCUGUCGGCGGAAAUGUCGGCGCAGCCAGAAGCUGCGCAGAAGCUUCCAAUGCAGAAGCUGCCAGCUCAGCAAUUGCAAACGCAGGAGCGGACAACACAGCAGCUGCCAGCACAGCAGCUGCCAGCACUGCAACUGCCAGCACAGCAACUGCCAACACGACAACUGCCAACACAGCAACUGCCAACGCAGCAACUGCCAACACAGCAACUGCCAACGCAGCAACUGCCAACACAGCAACUGCCAGUGCAGAAGCUGGCAGCAGCAGCUGAGAUUGCCGGGGCAGGAAAGGGGACGGCACAUGCAGCAUCGGCUUCCGAAUGCGCAUGCGCCGUGUGA